UGUAUGGGUACUUUGACCUGUCAAAAUAAACAUUUUUUCUGAAUUUCCUGUAACUUUUACCCUUUCAGGGCCCUCUGGGUCAAAAAUGCACCGCCUUCAGAGCAAGGAAAAUGUUAGUCUUUACGCAGACGUCACUCGGCAGGAAAUCAUCAAUCAGAGCUUGCAGGUUCAAGCCCUGAUUCAGGAGCUGCAGACAUGCACAGGGCCGCAAGAAAAUUUGGACUCCCUGAGUGCAGAGGUGAGGACCAGAAUCGCCGCCCUUCGAAAGCACAUUCAGGAAUUGGAAAAUUUGGCAGAGGAGCAGGACCUUGAAAAAGACAGACAGCAGCUCAUUGAGGAGAGUAGAAGUCACAGACAAAUGCUGACUGGCACACUGACUUCAUUCCGAAACGCAUCCGUCAGUUGCCAGCACUUGAUCGACAAAAACAACCAGGAGCAGCUUUUCAGUAAUGAAAAGGAGCCCAUGACAAGCAGAAAAAGACUGAACAAAGACAAGCAGAGCAUGGCGAACGCCUCAGCUAAUGUCACAGACCACUUGCUCUCGAUCAGUAGACACCUUGCAGAAACUUCGCAAAGAAGUGCCGACACCCUUGAUUCAUUAGCAAAUUCAUCCUACACUCUACAGUCAACACAGGACGAGUUCAAAAACAUGGGCGGAGUGAUAAACCAGUCGGGCAAGCUGCUGGCCAAGUACGGCCGACGGGAAUUGACAGACAAAGUGAUUGUCUUCUUUGCAUUUGCCUUCUUCAUGGCCUGUGUUCUCUACAUAAUCAAGAAGAGAUUGUUCUGAUCUACACUGUGAUCUUCAUAUUUAAAAAUAUUGUUUUUAUUGACACCUGUAAACUCAACUGAGUGUUUAUUCACAAAGAUUAAAUUAAAAUUCGGCUGAAUUGGCCCUUGUUUGAAAACAUGA